CAAAUUUCCAUAAUGCUAUAAGAAAAACUUGGCUCUGCAAGAAAGAAGAAAGAAAAGAGAUUUUACGAAAUGGCUGAAGGAAAUGGGUGUUGCAAGAAAACGGGACCUGGAUAUGGAACUCCCUUGGAAGCCAUGGCUGGUCCUAAAGAAGCUCUUAUUUAUGUUACUUGUGUUUAUACUGGAACUGGGAGAGAGAAACCUGAUUUCCUGGCCACAGUCGAUGUAGAUCCGAACUCACCGACGUAUUCUAAAGUUAUACACAGGCUCCCUGUGCCAUAUAUCGGCGAUGAACUUCAUCACUCUGGAUGGAACGCUUGCAGCUCUUGCCAUGGCGAUCCAUCGGCCAAUCGCCGUUUUCUCAUUCUGCCUUCUUUGGUAUCCGGUCGUAUCUAUGUGGUUGACACACAGACGAAUCCCAAGGCUCCCUCAUUGCAUAAAGUGGUUCAGCCUGAGGAUAUUGUUAAGAAGACAGGCCUAGCAUAUCCACACACGUCCCACUGCCUUGCCUCCGGUGAUAUAAUGGUGUCAUGUCUUGGAGACAAAGAUGGAAAUGCUAAAGGCAACGGAUUUCUUCUGCUUGAUUCCGAGUUUAACGUGAAGGGAAGGUGGGAGAAACCAGGGCAUAGUCCUUCAUUCGGCUAUGACUUUUGGUACCAACCUCGACAUAAAACAAUGAUCAGCUCGUCGUGGGGUGCUCCUGCAGCCUUUACCAAAGGUUUCAACCUUCAGCAUGUUGCGGAGGGUCUUUACGGUAGACAUUUGCAUGUGUACAGUUGGCCUGAUGGUGAAUUGAAACAAACACUGGAUCUCGGUGACACUGGUCUCAUACCCUUAGAGAUAAGGUUCCUACAUGAUCCCUCCAACGACACAGGGUAUGUCGGGUGUGCCUUAACAAGUAACAUGGUUCGUUUUUUCAAAACCGAAGAAGGAUCAUGGAGCCAUGAGGUGGCAAUCUCAGUAAAACCAUUGAAGGUGCAAAACUGGAUUCUCCCCGAAAUGCCUGGGCUUAUAACAGAUUUUCUAAUAUCUCUGGAUGAUCGGUUUUUGUAUUUUGUCAACUGGCUUCAUGGGGAUGUCCGACAAUAUAACAUCGAGGACCCGAAGAACCCGAUCUUGGCUGGUCAAGUAUGGGUUGGAGGACUGAUUCAAAAGGGAAGCCCUGUUGUGGCUGUGACAGAAGAUGGUCAAACAUGGCAGUCUGAUGUUCCGGAGAUCCAGGGACAUCGACUGAGAGGUGGACCACAGAUGAUCCAGUUGAGCUUGGACGGAAAACGACUAUACGUUACGAACUCAUUGUUCAGCACAUGGGAUCGCCAAUUCUAUCCCGAACUUAUGGAGAAGGGUUCCCACAUGUUGCAGAUCGAUGUGAACACAGAAAAAGGCGGACUUAAGGUAAACCCGAACUUUUUUGUGGACUUUGGAGCUGAACCAGAUGGCCCUUCAUUGGCACAUGAGAUGAGAUAUCCAGGUGGUGACUGCACUUCAGAUAUUUGGAUUUAAGCCAUGCAGAAUCCAGUCCCUUUCAACCCACUUGGACUCUAGGAUGAUGAACGAAUAAAUGUAAUUUACUUUGAAUAACAUGUUGAGUUAGGGGUUUGAUCUUGAGUGGGUUCUUAAACUCUAUAUCAGUAUAUCAAUGUGCUAUC